CCUGUCUCCGCGUCAGUUUGCUGGUGAUAAUUCCGAACAUAAAGUGUCUUAUCUCAACCAUUUGAUUGUGUGAAUUCCCUAGUCUCUAGUCGUACUUCACUGCACUCGAAAUCAGUCUGACAGCAACUGCUCCUCGUCACCAUGAGCUCAAAACCCAAGGUUCUCCUCACAGGCGGGUCUGGCUUCAUAGCAGCCCACACGCUUGACCAGCUCCUCGAGAAGGGCUACAAGGUCAUCACAACCGUGCGGAGUGAAGAGAAGGCCAAGAUCAUCCGCGAUGCGCACCCCAACGUUGACAAGGAUGCGCUGGAUAUUGCCAUCGUUCCAGACAUUGCCAAGCCGGAUGCGUUCGACGAAGUGGUAAAGAUGCCGGGCAUCGAGCUUGUUCUCCACACUGCGUCCCCCUUCCACUUCAACAUCGGCGACCCAAAGGAGCUCAUCGAUCCCGCCGUGAUCGGGACCACUGGCAUUCUCAAGGCGAUAGCUCGCUCCGCCCCUGGCGUCAAGCGGGUGGUGAUCACGUCGUCGUUUGCCGCCGUUGUCGACCCGAACCGCGCGACGGACCCUAACACUGUGUUCGACGAAUCCUCGUGGAACCCCAUCACUCUGGAGAAGGCGCUUUCGAACCCGAACGACAAACCCAAUGCAUACAGAGCAUCCAAGAAGUUGGCAGAGGAAGCAGCUUGGGCCUUUGUCCGCGACCCGGCCUCGGAUGUCAAGUUCGACCUUGCUACAAUCAACCCGCCCAUGGUUUUGGGACCCGUGGUUCCCUAUUUCACCAAUCUCGAAUCCGUGAACACGUCGAAUGAGCGCAUCGUGAGUCUGCUGCGCGGAAAGUGGAAGGAGGACAACGCCAUUCCGGACACGGGCCUGGCGUUUAUCUGGAUCGACGUGCGCGAUGUUGCAGAAGCUCACAUCCGCGCCAUGGAGGUCCCCGAAGCAGGCGGAAAGCGUCUUUUCACGACAGCGGGCACCUUCAGCAACCGCGAAAUAUAUGAGGUGACCAAGAAGCACUUUGGAGACAAGUACGCCGACAAACUCCCGCCUAGCGAUGUCAAGGGUGGUGACAUCAUGCCGGAAGACAAGCGCUACCGCUUCGACAACUCCGAGACGAACAAGAUCUUGGGCAUCAAGUGGCGGACUUUGGACGAGAGUAUCGUUGAUGCCAUCAAAUGUUUCCAGGCUGUUGGAGUUUAGAUACACGACCAUGGGCUACUCGCUUGAGCUCGUUCCUCCAGAUGCCAUGAUCGAGUUUUCAUCUCAAAGGUCUCGGUCCAAUGUUAAUCUUCAUGAAUCAACCUCCAUAGGAAUUAUGGAUGUCUGCUCUAGGGCAGAGAUCUUUUUGAGAAUCUGAGCUUUCCAGAUGCGAUAGUCCCGUCGUCUCCUCUCGCUAAGAUAGUCGUGUCUUUCUUGUAGCAUUGUGUCGGCCUUGUGAAGCUGAACGCCAUCAU